GCUGAGCUGCCCGUUCUGGCGAGCGGAGGGGGCGCCGGCGCGCGUCCCUGCCGCCGCGCUCCCCGCGACGUUUUCGGCGGGGGUAGAGAACUGCUGUGACUUUUGAGGUCCUGCUCCUCCUUCCGGCCGGCCUCGCGACGCGCCAGCUCGGAGCGAGGCCAGUGUGACCGGCAGGCCCCGAAGGCUCACUGCGUGAGGUUGGGGCUUGGAACGCGUCCGGGCGCCCGCGGCGCUGUGCGCGCUGGUGAGUUUGGUGGCGGGGUGGGGUAUCCCCGGCGCGAGGGGCGGAGAGGACGUCGCGCUCUGCCCCUUGGUCCGCCCCCUAGUGCUGCCCCCACUUUGAGAGUAAUUGAGACUUGAGCGUGACUGCGGAGCCGCGAGGAUGCGGGCUCCGGGCGCGGGCUUUCCCUCUGCCCGGCGUGAUGGAGCGGGUCGCUGAGCGGAACAAAGGCGCCCGCCCCGGGGAGCGGGUCCUGGGCUGAAGACCGCGGGCCGCGCGCCGCGACGGCCGCCUGCGGACGAGGGUGGUGGCCGUGUGGCCCGAGGCGCGGCGCGCUCCCCCGCGGGCGGGCGGCAAACCCUGAGCCCGGCACCUGCGCGCCACUCCCGGGCUUCGCUCCCGGCGGCCCGAGGAACAGCCGCGAGCCACUUGCUGGUGCCGCGGAGAGACCCACGGCCCCCGGCCCUUCGCCGAGAAGCCGAGGCGCCCGGAAGGGGCCGCGAGCCGUGAACUGAGCAGGCGUCUCCGGGAGCACUUCUGCACACCGAGGGCUUCCAUGGGAGCGAUUUCGCUCUCCCCCUGACCGCCCGGUCCUCCCAACCGUCUCCGCUGCCGGAGCAUCCGCGCUGUGGGGCCGGGAGCCGCGGGGCUCCCCGCCGGCAGUCGGGAGUGUGAGGCUCGCACGGCUCCCCGGCAGCUCCGCGCCUCGCGGGAGCCCGAGGGGGCGCGGGUCCGGGGCGCGGGCCGGCCGGGCGUGUUUGAUGGCUUCACUGAGAAGAGUCAAAGUGCUGCUGGUGUUGAACUUGAUCGCGGUGGCCGGCUUCGUGCUCUUCCUGGCCAAGUGCCGGCCCAUCGCGGUGCGCAGCGGAGACGCCUUCCACGAGAUCCGGCCGCGCGCCGAGGCGGCCAACCUUAGCGCGCACAGCGCCAGCCCCAUCCAGGAUGCGGUCUUGAAGCGCCUCUCGCUGCUCGAGGACAUCGUCUACCGGCAACUGAAUGGCUUAUCCAAAUCCCUUGGGCUCAUCGAAGGUUAUGGUGGACGGGGCAAAGGGGGCCUUCCCGCUACCCUUUCCCCGGCCGAAGAAGAAAAAGCCAAGGGACCCCAUGAGAAGUAUGGCUACAAUUCCUACCUCAGUGAAAAAAAUUUCACUGAUCGUUCCAUUCCGGAUUAUCGUCCCACCAAGUAA